AAUAGAAAAAUCACCCUUAAAACCAGGUUUCUUAAAUUGAGAAUUUUGCAUCCUCGAACAAGUCAGUUAUAGAAGUUUUAUGAAAUUUGAAAGAGCCUUGACGCAAAGCUAUUUAGAGCUGAUGAACUUAAUAUAGAUUCUUAUAAGAGGUCGUGAUGAUUUUUGGUCUUUUGUUUUCACGAAAGGUCUUAAAUUUUGUUCAGGCUCAAAGUUGAUUUUUUUGCAAAAAUGUAUAGUAAAUGUGUAAUAAUCACGAAAAACGUGAUCGAAUGUUAGUAGUUUUGAAAGUGGAUUCUAAUUUUCAGAUUUCCCAGCGGAAUAAAAUUUAUCUAUUGAUCGAGUUUUCCGAAAUUGGGUUAAUUUUAUCGAAAAAGUGCACAGAGCUUUAAGGCUUCAAGAUAUAUGCAAUUCCAGAGCUCUAAGGCCAUAUGUUUUUUUUCGUUUGAAAUUCAAAAAAAAGGUUUUCUUUGUUUCUUUGCGUUCAUUGACUCUUUUUCAACCGUCUGUUGGCUAUAAUUUGUUUUAUGAAACUAGAACGAUCAGAAAAAAUUCAAGAAAUAGCCGUUGUUUGCUCGUUACCUUUUUUAAUGAUCGAUUAGCGUUGUUUUUGGUCGUAAAUUGGAGAGUCCAUUUCUAAGAAUGAAUGGUCCUCCUGUACUUUAAUUUAAAAAAGGAUACUUUAAUUUUAAAAAGAAUAGAAGUUACCGAGAUUUCUAUUACCAGAGGUUUUAAUCCUUAAAGAAGGGCUGAGUGACUUCCUUUUUGUUGGUAUUGUAUUGAUCAUUGCCGUUGGCUUACUGGCACCUGUUUAGCCAUUUGAAAAGAAAUAGCAGUUAUUAUUUUCCCCAAUUCAUAAUCUCCUGCGUUCCAAUGAAUUAUUCGUUCAUUUCUAGUUUAAUAAAGAGGCACUUAAAAUAAGUUGGAAUUUAACGAUCGCACCAAAAUUUUAGUCUGGAAUCAUCAUGGAACAGAGGGAAAUUAUAUACCAUUCCUGAAAUAUAAUUAUAAUUGGCAUCUAGUUAUUCAGCAUAAUUGACGUCGGAGAACUUUGACGUCGUGAUCGAAUUUUGACAAGUUGAUCUUAUAAUUUCUAUGAAAUUUUCAAAUGUUCAAAAGACUGUCAAGCUUCGCCUCAUCUUCCCAAGGGUCUCGACCCGCAACUCCUCCUGAUUCGAAGCCAUCUAAAACUUCAUCUUCGCCUGCAAAAAGCAAACCAGAGAGCAGCAAAUCAACUCCUGCAUCUCCAAAAAAGAACCAAGAACCAGUCGUAGCAUCUCUGGAACCAACUAGCAAAAAGCCAAGCGACAGAGGAAAAAGCUCGGAGCGCAAAAAAUUGAGCCACAGAUCGAAAACAAUGGAGUUGCCGCAAAUAACUGUAACGAAACCACCAGAAGAUUUGAAAGCGCACUCGAAUAUUGAUUUAAGUGCUUCUAUGCCAGCUCAAUUCGGAGGGGGGCCUAAUGAGCCGAAAGAUCCGAAUGUAGUGAAAAUGAGAAAGCAAAUCGAAGUUUUGAGACGAGAAAAUUCAGCAUUUCAAGUUCGUCUGCAGCAAAUUAUUACUCAACUCAGAGAUUUGCAAAGGGAACGAGAAGAACAUUUGAUGGUGAUUAGAGAACGAGAGACGUUAACGAGAGAUUUGACCUCAAGAAUUAAAAGUUUGGAAAGCGAGAAAACGGAGUAUUUGAAGUCUAUUCAGUCCUUAAAUGAUCAGAUUAAUAAUUCAACUAAGGGACAAGAGGUGCAAUCAUUGUCUGCUAAGAAGAAAACACCUGCAGAACCGAAAAACGCACAGGCUUUAGAAGCUUUGAAGCGAGAAGUGUCUGAGCUCAAAGAAGCUCUGGCUAAAUCCUCGGCAGCUCUGGCCUCCCAUCAGUUGGGCCGACAAUCCUCGCCUGUGGUGGCAUCGAGUAACGAUUUUAUUUCCAAAUUCGUAAAGCGAGUUCCAGAGUGGGUAUCCAACUUGUCGUGCUUGUCGCCAUUAGUGCAUGCUUACGAGGAACUAUUGAACGAAAAAGAUACAACAAUUGAGAAGUACGAAGGGGAUUUCAUGCGACUCAAGACCAAGGUGGAAGAGCUAGUGCAAGAGAAUCAAGUGUUGCACAUCGAAAACCACAGCACAGUGAAGCAGAUGGAGUGGAAACAGCUGCAGGAGCAGGCUAAGUUGGUACUGGAGGAGAACCAAGUAUUGGUUAACCACGUGGAGGUUAUGGAACAGAAGCAGAAAGAUCAGCACCAGGGAUAUGUACAGGAGGUUGCGAGGUUAACCCGGAAGUGCAUCCAGUUGGAAACGGAUAAGUCGUUCUUGGAAUCCGACUUCAAUGCAUUGCAGGAAAAGUUUCGAAUCCUGGUCUUGAGGAAAGAACCUCCCCCUCUUCCCAAAGAACACGAGGACUGCAUCAAAAUAGCCAAGCACACUGAGGUAGUUGAGAAGGUGGAGCAGGAGCUGAAAGAGUUGAGACACCAGAGCAAAGAAGAUAUUACUAACUUAGUCAAGAGGCAACAACUUUUCCUCCAUACCUUUCUUUUCCCCCUCCUAUCUUGCCUUAUACUAUGAAGUUGACAGAAGUCUAAUUUUGAAUUUUCGACUAUUUUUGGGAAAUUUCCAUUUGAAACUUCAGUCAAAUCGGAGAAGGAUUCAGUCGAAAUAUAAGU